CGUGAAUAUUUCCAACUGACUCACUUCUGCUGGCCAUUCAACCUCUCAGCAGACAACAACAGCAACUGCGAUAACCAAUAUUCACCGGAUAAUUGAAACAGACAAGUUAAAAGAAACAAAACAACCUCUAAGUCGAACCGCGCCGCGCAGCGCAAAACCGCGAAGAUGUCGUUAACAAACUGCCGAUUCUAUGAGGAGAAGUUCCCGGAGAUUGACAGCUUUGUCAUGGUGAACGUGAAGCAGAUCGCCGAGAUGGGUGCCUACGUCAAGCUCCUGGAAUACGAUAACAUCGAUGGCAUGAUUCUUCUUUCUGAGUUAUCCAGAAGACGUAUCAGAAGUAUCCAAAAGCUUAUCCGUGUCGGACGCAAUGAGGUCGUCGUUGUUCUCAGAGUGGACAAGGAGAAGGGAUAUAUCGAUCUGUCGAAGCGCCGAGUUUCCCCCGAGGAUAUUGUUAAAUGCGAGGAGCGAUACAACAAGAGCAAAAUGGUCCACUCGAUUAUGCGCCACGUAGCAGAGAAGACCAAGACUCCUAUCGAGGACCUGUACGAGCGUAUCGGAUGGCCGCUCAACAAGAAAUACGGCCACGCCGUGGAUGCCUUCAAGCUCUCUAUCACAAACCCCGACGUGUGGGCUGAUGUUUCGUUCCCGAACGAUGCGGUUGCAGACGAGCUUAAGUCAUAUAUCGGAAAGCGCCUGACUCCCCAGCCAACGAAGGUCAGAGCCGAUGUCGAGGUUACAUGUUUUGGUUACGAGGGUAUCGACGCCGUCAAGAACGCCUUACGGACCGCUGAGGCCCGCAACACCGCCGACACUCAAGUUAAGGUCAAGCUUGUUUCUCCUCCUCUCUACGUCCUUACAAGCACAUGUCUGGAGAAGCACCUGGGCAUUGCAACGCUGGAGGCCGCUAUUAUCGAUAUUAAGAAGAACAUCGAGGCAAACGGAGGUAGUUGCACUGUCAAGAUGGAGCCAAAGGCCGUCACCGAGAACGACGACGCCGAGCUGCAAGCACUGAUGGAGAAGCGCGCCCGGGAGAACGAGGAAGUCAGCGGAGACGAGAGCAUGAGCGAGAGCGACGAGAACGCGAUCGAGGGCACGGUAAGAUGAUUUGGGAAAUGGGAGUUAAAAGUUUUCUGAAACUCAUGCUGGCGAAUCUCGGCCGGUCUGCAUUGCAGGCGCUUAGACAUGGCAGCGGUACGCACAUGAAUCUAAAUGAAGUACAUUAUGACCAUUAAAUUGAAAAAUCCUA